AUGAACCACUCGACCGUGCCACCGUGGCUGGCCAACGCCACGGCCAACGUUUCGCUUGCGGGCGUCUCAGAGCUCCCGGUCGGCGAUAACGAUGGUGCGUCGCCGUUGGUGCUGUGGUUCAAUCAAACGUGGAACGGUUUUCUCGAUCGCAUCGGUGACGACAACAUGACACUCUACGUGGGCUUCCUGACGGUGUACACGUACUCCUUUUUCUGGCUCGUCGGUGGGCUGUUCGUGCUGAUGGAUCUGACCAACUGGCCGCGGGCGCUGCGGAAGUUCAAGAACCAGCCGGGUGCCAAUGAACCGCUCGAGUGGCACCGUUGCUGGCGGCUCGUGAAGGUGGUCCUGCGUAACCAGCUAAUGUACGGUGUACCGACGAGUUACUUCGGUUUUCUGAUGCGCCGGAUCGUGUUCUUUGAACCACCGAAUCCACGUGUACUGCCUGCGCUCGGGACCGUGUUCCGUGACGUGCUGGUGUGCAUCCUCGUGUGGGAGGUUGCGUUCUAUUACACGCAUCGGAUGCUGCAUUCGAGCUUUUUCUACAAACGCGUCCACAAGAAGCACCACCAGUGGUCAGCACCAGUUGCUUGGGCGGCCAUGUAUGCGCAUCCGUUCGAGUUCGUCGUCAGCGAUCUACUUCCGGUGUACCUGGGACCAGCGCUCAUGAGCAGCCACGUGUUGACGUUUGUGGUGUGGUUCACGUUCGUCAUGAUGGACACGCUGGUGGACCACUCGGGGUACCAUUUGCCGGUGUUGGGCAGCUCCGAGAUGCACGACUUUCAUCACCUCAAGUAA